AUUUAAAAUCGAGAACAAAAAAACAAAGUGCAGGAAGAAGAUCAUGCAGGAGACAAAUAUGAAGCAGAGGUUAACAUGCUGUAGCUUAUGUUGAAGCAUAUGAGCCAUUAAGAUGGAAUAUGCAAAUAAACUUGAUGAAGUGGACUUGGCCUGGGACAACCUUCAAGAGGCAAAAACAGUGUUAGAGCAGAUCGAGAGCAAGUUGAAUUCUGAAGAGGAGGAUUUUCAUCCGGAGCUAAGCAUUCGAAAAUGUUUGCAGCGUGAGGCAUUUGGAUGCAGAGCAAAGAAUACCAGCAGCCUUCCAAGUGUGAGAAGUUCACUGUAUCGACCAACUUCCAUGAUGAACUGCAGACUGGACAAGCAGAGGACUCUGUCUCGCGAAUGGACUCCCACCUUCAGCAGGUCAAAUAACGAUGGAAUGUUCAAACACGAAAUGGAAAAUUAUGAUUCUUCGAGAGGAAUGUUUUGGAAUGAGAGAACAAAACUUUUGCGAAAUGAGAUAAUUGAUCAAGGUGCUCAACUGCCUGAUCUUAAUCAGACACUGAUAACCAGCAAGCAAACGUCAAAUGAUAACUCACCAACUAGACUUGUCCCAGCAAGAUUGCAAGUGUUGGCUAAUUGGGAUGUUUCAGAGCAAGGCCGCCACCAGGCAAGUGAGCAAGAUGUCUGCAGCAGAUCCAACACAUGUAACCUGGAAGGAGGUCCUCCACUUGGCAAUGAUGCCAACUUGACAUUUCACUUUUGUAGCCAAAGACAGAUGUCACAUCGGAAAAGUUCUCCAGAGCCUUUAGUAGCUGCGUCUUGCCUUAGUCCUUGUAGAGGUCCACUUAUGCAGUGCCUGGAAUUGAAACAGAGCAAAUCCCCAACCAACAAAUUGGAGGAGCUUAAGGAGCGGAUAAGGCUGCAGAGGAAGCUGCAGAAGGAGCAACAGUUUGCAAGGACCAUCUUAAAUCUACCUCAAGAACAUCCUGUCCCAUUUCACAGGCAGAAGGCCCACAAGGGUGGUUCAGAGAAAUGCUUGAUCAGGAAAGUGACCUUUGCCCGACCAGCACCAUCCUACAAAGGCAAGUGA